AUGGAGUUGUCGGCUAUCAGGUUCCUGAGAAUGGAAACAUCCGCGGAUGUUGCGACAUGGCUUUCGUUUGUGGUCACCGCCGUCGGAUUGGGUGGGCUCUUGUCACAGGCUAGCGCUAUUAAUGAGAAGCUCGAUCCUUUCCAUAGCCAUCGCACCCCAGCAUACCUAGGCUUCUGGUAUGGCCAUCAGGAAAAAGCGUCAUGGUGGACUGUGAGGAAGCCGCCUUUGUACGGUCCCGUUCUAGUUGCAAAUCUGGAGACCGGUUUCUGUGGGAGACAAACUAUCCAUCUGACGCGCUUACCCCUGUUCACACCUCCCGGAAAGGCAGGAUGGGCACUCAUUCUGGCCAUCUUUCAUCCAGAGAAGCUUCUUUCGCUUAGAUCAACAAGUCUGCAAAUAGACGAAGCAGAGAAAGCCACAGGGCGCAUUCACGAAAAGAGUGUCAUCACAACCGAAGAUAAUACACACGAAACGAGAGAUAGGCGCACGCAAUGGAAGUCUUUGGAGAGGAUGCCACUCUCUCGCUACCAAGCACACGCUUGUGUAUCCAUCUCGCGAACGACACUCAUAACGAUGCUGGUGCUAACGAACGCAAGAGCUGCCUUCUCGUACAGCGAUGCCUCUGGUUUCCGAGCCGGGUACGCUUCGUACAAUGGGCAGUGGUACAUUACUUGGCCGAUCGGUCAAGAUGCAGUCGUGCAAUUCUCACCUCAUGAUUCGCACAAGAAAUCUACCGAUGUAUACCCUCCAAGCUUCAUGCAGCGUACAAACCGUUGCACACAAAUGGUAGCCGGAGUCAUCGCAGCCCCUUCUGGCGUACAAUUCGCGUUUUGUGGCCGCAAGCCACCUGGCACUUACGUUUUGGAAUAUGCUGUAAAGGGAUUUCCUGGUGCGCACGGGUCUCGGCAUUUGUAUAACAUGCUGGGAGGAAAAGUGUACGAAGUUGACUAUAUCUUCGCUCGAGAGUCGAACCAAAGAUCUGGAGAUUGGCUGGAGCUCAAAGUUCCGAGCACAGAUCCCCUGAAAGAGACAUUUUUCCUGGCUCCCGAAAGAGAGCAAGAGGCGAUUGCACAAGCACUAGACUGUCUUCCUUGGAACCAUCUUUCAUGGAGCAUACAUCGUGGGAUGCGUGAUAUCCUCCUAGCGUACUCGAGGCCCACUAUGGACCGAUUCAGAUCCCAACUUGCCGAUCUUCUUAAGCGGACUGUCUCCUCUUCGCCGCAUCUUCUCGAACGCAAAGGAUGGGAAGGUAAUUUCGUCCGCAAUAGCAUGGGCGAAAUGGCAGCAUCGGCUGUUCUUCUUGGAAAGGGUAAUUCUGGCGAUCUUGUACGCGUUGUGACGGACAUAACACUUGCACUGGUUGAUGGUUGGAGCAUGGAUCAACUGGACGAAGUUCAUUUCUGGCGUCUACCGGAUGAGGACAAGGAGCUCAAUCUUGUAGGAGUUGUCGCACUUACCAAGAUGUUUAUCGUGGAGUGGAGCAACGAGUUCGACUAUCAGAUGUAUCACGAUCUGCCUGUCAACUUGAAGUUUGCGUAA